GGAGCCCUCCCAGCACAGAUCCCUCCGACGAGAGCAAACCCCACAUAGAUGAAAGCAAAGGGACACCACACAACUCCAGCCAUGUCCACGUCCCUGCGGGUGAGCCCCUCGGUCCACGGCUACCGCUUCGACACGGCCCUGCGCAAGAAAGCCGUGCCCAACAUCUUCGAAAGCAUCAACGAAGAGUCCCUGCAGAAACUCUUCAAAAACUCCGGGGACAAAAAGGCAGAGGAAAGAGCCAAAAUAAUCCUCGCCACCGACCAGGACUUGGAGGAGAAAACGAGAGCACUGAUGGCGCUAAAGCAGAGGCGAAAGGACAAGCUGCUCCAGUUCCUGACAUUUCGGAAAUACUCCAUUACAGUUCACUGAACUGGCAAAGGGAGCAGAAAUGGAGGAGAACGUUUUGGGACGGGACUGUCUGUGACCUCCUGCCACACACGGUGGGAUGGGGGACUGGACAGUCCAACCUCAGGGCUUCAGCCCCACCGUGCACCUAGCUGACCACAGCACUGACGGCAGCCGAUGGCAGCAGUGGUGUGGACACAGGGUUGGUGUGGACACACGCAGCAUCCAUGUGGACACAUGAUUAGUGUGGACACACAUGGACGGCAUCAGUGCAGAUGACAGCCAGAGGCUCCCAGAGGGAGGGCAGCUCCAGGCUCCUCCGUCGGGCACGGGGGUACCCGCGCCUGGGCACGACUCGGGACCUUCUGCUGGACUCAGUGUUUACUGACCUCGCCUUUGCCUUUUCAAACCUGUUUCCUUACAGCUCGAGCCCUUGCUGAGCCUUGCUGCUGUGGGCCAGGAGGGAGGUUCUAGGGACUGAUCAGCUACUGAUCAGGGAUCACUUCGCAUUGGUUAAAAUGCACCAGAGUGCACCGCAGGGGUGCAGUAAUUUCAGCCUUCAGGGAAUGCAUUUGCUCUAGAGACAGAAAACACAACUGUACCUUCUCUUUCUCAAGCUUUACAUGUGCAGUAUAAAUUGUUUGCACAGAAGCAAUAAUAAUGACCUAUUUCCCUGAAUUUACUGUGAAGUUCCUUAAUAUUUUGUUCACUUCCCAUUAACCCUAAAAAUCUAACUGAAGUUCUUAUUUGUAUAGAUUACAACAGCUAUUAGACAAGCACUUGAUGGUAAUAUUCUAUGACAAUGUUGUUAUUAUACCAAGUAUAAUUUAUGGCAUAUAGCAAUCUGAACUUUAAUAAAUUAUGAAGUAAAUAUAAA